CACGUUGCGCGAUAGGCCCGACAAGGCUUCUCCACGCUCUUCUGAAAACCAACAAAAUUUUCACUCUUCAAUUACCAGAUGCUUAACCGCUGUUCACUAAACCUUCUCCAGUUCUCCUUCUGUAGGGUUUUUCAUCCUUCUCUCGAGCACUAAAAAUGACUAAGCUGAGGAAGCUGAAUCGCCCAACUGGUCAUCGACUGUCCAUGCUCAGGACAAUGGUGUCGCAGUUAGUCAAGCAUGAGCGUAUAGAGACCACUGUCGCUAAAGCUAAGGAAGUCCGUAGGCUUGCUGAUAAUAUGGUGCAGCUUGGAAAAGAGGGUACUCUGUGUGCUGCGAGGCGUGCAGCUGGCUUUGUGCGCGGUGAUGAUGUUCUUCACAAGCUGUUUACUGAACUGGCAUAUAGAUACAGAGAAAGAGCUGGUGGAUAUACAAGAUUGUUAAGAACACGUAUUCGAGUUGGUGAUGCUGCUCCUAUGGCAUAUAUUGAGUUCAUUGACAGGGUAAAUGAACUUAGACAAUCAAAACCACCCACCCCACAGCCACCACAAAGACCAGCCAUGGACCCAUGGACAAAGUCUCGGCUCUGCAGGCAGUUCGCGCCCCUUAAAGAGGAGAAAAGUUCUGACUCUGAGGGUUGAAAAAUAUUAAGUUACAUAUCAAAUACAUGGAAGAAUUUCUCUUCUCUGGCAGUUUGUAUCGCCAAAUCUGUUACUCCCUUCUUUCCAACAUAUUGGGGCCGUUGGGGGUAAUGUUUUUCUCUUCAACUGCCGAUGGAUCAUGACUUGAUUCUUUCGUAUUUUAUAAGCCAAUUCCAAUGUCGGAGUACCGCGCAAACUGAUAACCUGAUUGAUGUCAUUUUUAUCACAAAAAUUUUAGACAAGCACAAACUAUACAAAAUGAUUGGUGUAAAUAAUUACUCUCUACAUAUAUUUUAAAUAUGUGUGUGUGUAUUAUUACAUCAAAAUGUAUCUAAUAAUUUGUCGAAUAAUCCACCAUCUUGUACACAGUUUUGUGGAAGAAUUAUGCGAAAAAGAACAAUCUGAGAGAGUUUGCCUUGUACUCUUUUCUCAAUGUACUCUUGACUUGAGGUUUAUACAUAUGAAUUAUUAUGAAAUACAAUUUCUGUCCCAUUAACAUUGAGAAAUGAGAAGGUGGUGCAUUUAUUAAGAAAAGUUAGUUAUGUGGUUGAUAUUGAAUUGAUAAAGUAAAAAUGAAUUAGGAAUAAUUUAGAACCCUACAAACUAUACCAAAAUUUGGUAUGAGACAAUGUUAAUGGGACAAAGUCACAAAACGAAGGAGGGGGUAUAAAAUAAUGUGUAAAACUUGAUCAAUCGAAUGUU